AUGAUAUCUGAUUCUGAGUCUUCCACUGUCGCGUUACAGCGUUAUAGCGCCUUCAUUGAAGAGGUUUUGCGUCCACAACUCAAGGAAACACUUGCUACUCGUGAUACAUUAGCGCAGGAAGUUCACGAGUACGAGGAAUUACGUGAAAUCUUGCAAGAAUUACAGUCUUCCAAGCUGCAACCGCUUCAUACGUUGCUGGAUGUGGGGGAGCGUUUUUAUGUACGGACAAAGGUCGAUGACACGUCCUUUGUCAUCAUUGACAUUGGACUGAAUUUUCAUGUCGAAAUGACGAUAUCAGAAGCUCAAGGAUUUGUGCAAAACCAUCUGUUUUCUUUGAUUGAAAAGAGGAACAAAUGGCAAGCAAAAGCUCGAGAUAUUUCAAAACACGUGAAUCUCGUUCUUGCUUCCAUUCAACAACUUGCAGCAUUGCAAUGA